AUGCCAAGCAGUCAGACGGCAGCUUGCCUCGCCGCUGCGGCGGUCGCCGGCCUCGUGGCGCCCACCUUCCUUCCGGGCUUCGCGGGCGCAGGUGCGCGCGCAACAGCUGCUCCGCAGCUGCGUGGCUCAACAGCUGGCGCAGGCUCCGGCGUGGGUGCCAUUGGUGCCAUUGCUGCCGGUGGCGCCAUCGCUGUCACUGCACUCGCCUCAGCACGCCCGCGGGCACGCACGGUGCAGAAGGCAGGUCGCCGUGAGCUGGCCGUCGCCUAUGAGGACUCCGGCAUCGAUCUCCUUGACAACGGCAAGUUUGCUCAGGGCCUGGUGGGUUCCGAGGGUGCUUGGGGGCGCUACGAGUUCGAUCCCUUGGGCUUCUCUUCGAAAACGGAGCAGGUUCCCUGGCUUCGUGAGGCGGAGCUCAAGCACGGCCGCAUCUGUAUGCUCGCCUGGCUCGGCUUGGUGGUCCCGGACUUCGUUCGCCUGCCGGGCGAGAAGUUCUCUUUCGAGGCCGUGCCUGUCUCCAUCGAUGCUCAUGAAGCCUUCCGGGGUGCCACAGGUGGGCAUUGCCCAAAAUAG